CACAACUCGAGUGUUGAAAGGUUUCUUGCAGUUCCCUUCAGCACAGAAGUCUAUUCAGACGAGUCAUGACCAACAUAACACCCAUUUUGUUCGCCUGCUACAUGCACUUCACGGCGGACUACUCGCCCGUUAAGGCCUACGAGGACCGGGCCUACUGGGGCAGCCUCGUCUUCUUUCUGGCCAUGAUGGACCUGCUGUACGGCAACGAGAUACUGCCCAAGAAGUGGUUCCGCAAGGCCAAGCUGUUCAGGACUCUGCUGGAGACCAUCUGCGUCUACCUCAUCGCCGAGAUACCCGUGGCGUUGUUCUGGAUCAAGCUCGAGGGCACCAUCGACAUCUUCCUGCGCCUCGCCGCUGGGAUAGACGGCAAUCGUUACGUGGAACUGGAGGCCAUCACCGUGGGCCUAGGGCUGUUCUACUGGACGACGAUCGUCUCGCAGGCCACCCACGAGGAGUACAGGCUGCACAAGGCCCUCUUCCGCACUUGUGGCAUGUUGCUGGAGUCGUUCAAGGAGCUGCUCGACAGUUUCGACAAACCCAAAGUUCGGACAACUAAAAUUAAGGCGAUCUUGCGAUCUUCUAAGAAUAAAUGCCAGUGCCAAUGCCAAGGCUCUGGACGGGAGCACUAGCCUGGAAAUGCUCGGUUUAGCAGCCUCUCUGGGCUUGAAAGAAAA